AUGUCUCAACGGGAGGCACCUGCAUCUUUGACACCUCCGGAACAGCCGAUGACGGACACGCCGAUGCCAGAGGCACCCUUCACGGAACCCGCUUCCACAACAGACCACAAAACCGCUGUUACUGCCGACAGAGUAGAUCAAACCCUCCAACAACAACAAGAUCCAGCUCCGGAGCAGGCUCCUCCAAUGACGGACAUGCCGCUGGCGAGUACGUUCCCGCGAGAACAUCCGCCCAGGGAACCUACACGAAGACAAACAAUUCCAAGACCGUACGACCGCAACACUCCCCCAGACCGAAAACCUCCUCAUCUCUCAAGCUACCCCACCGCUCCCGAUUCCCUUCCUCAAACCCCAAACUCUGGCAUGUCGGCUCCGUCGGCUCCAAGAGCUCGCGCCGGCACCCCCGUCGACAGGACACCUCAUCUCUCGAGCUACCCCACUGCUCCUGGAUCUGCUUCUCAGACCCCUCAGCGGAGGACAUCACAGACGUCGCAGCAUGGAAUGUCGCCGGCAGGCUGGCUUGUACCUCCGCCCGCAAACCCAGCGCUGAAAAUCUCGUUCGAGGACUGGCUCUCCCUCUCCGAAAUCACCUUCGAAUGGGGCGACAGCUACGACGACAAAGACUGGAUGAGACUACGAGCCAUCCUCGCUCCCACCCUCAUGGUCGACUACUCCCAAGUAAACGGGCACGUCUGGUCCUCCAUGCCCGCGGAAGAGUUCGUGCGCGUCAUGUCCAACAUCGGCUUCGUCGGCGACCCCCUCGUCCACACCCAGCACCACAUCGGCGCGUCCAAGUGGUCGAAAAUCUCCGACGACGAAGCCAUCGGCCACCACCAACUACGCGCCUCGCACCAGCGGUACACGGCGCUCGACUUGAAGACGGUGGAGAACAAGGGGCACGGACACGCGAUGGUGAAGCAUUUCUACAGGAAGGUGGACGGACAGUGGAAGCUAGCGGGGCUGCGACCGACGGUGAGAUGGAACGAAUUCGAAUUUGAGAAAUAUUCUUAA